AUGCUGUUCAAAUGUCAAAAAAGGAGCACGUGGAAACAUUGCGACAUUCUGAAUCACGGGAGCUUGAAAAAAUGUAUAUAUGUCAUGCUGUUGAAAGGAAAGGGGGAUUACACUCGCCAAGGAAGAGCAGGCAUAAUGGGAUGGCCGAGCUGGUGCCUGUCAAAAUGUCGAGGCCUGAGCCAUAUCAGUUUGUAGGUUCUUCUGGGUCCUCCCAGCCUGGAAAGGCGUGUAAUUCAUCCAUGAUGGAGGAUCACAUGGAAGAAGUUGAUUUAUCACACAGUGGUGCCGCUAGUUCUUUUGUGACGGAGGAAGCAACUGAAGUUAAUGGCAUAGGCCCAGAGUGUUUUGA